UGCUCACAAUACAUACGCGUGUCUCUCUAGUGCAAUAUACAUAACCAAAAAAACAAAAACAAAAAAACUUUUCGCUAAAAAGUUACAUACUGUCCUUCAUACUGUUUCUCUGACCUUCGUGCUCAAAACUGAAUAUUUGAAAACAUGAAUAUUUACUUAGCCUAGUAAUAUGGGGGUAUUGGACUCUACAGGUCAUUAACCUGUUAUGUGCCAAAGUAGCCAACUUGACAAGAGUAAGCACACAUCAGUUUGUGGUCCCUGCAAAGCGGUUUCAAACUAUAAGCUAUUAGCUUAAAUCCCUUAACAUGGACGUCGGCGCCCUAAAUGCUCUGGGUUACGAAGAUUUUAUGAACAUUUUUGGAAACAUUGUAGAGAAAUGUCCUUUAGUUGCUGCUGCUGUCUGGUCAAAACGCCCGUUUGCCAACGUGUCUGCUUUAGAAGCCGCUUUUUACGAGUUUAUAGAUGCGCUUCCAGACUCGGGCAAAGAGGGCAUCCUACGUUGCCACCCAGACCUUGCAGGAAGGGACCUUCAGUGCGGAACGUUGACUCCCGAGUCUCGUGAGGAGCAGGCUCGAGCUGGGCUGGAUGCUUUGAGCGCUGAUGAAGCAUCGCUUAUUGCUCAACUCAACCAGGACUAUAAAAGGCGCUUUGAGUUUCCAUUUAUCAUCUGCGCCAAAAUGAAUGACAAAGCCACAAUUUUACGACAGCUCCUCGAGCGCGUUGACAAUGAUCGCGCGGAGGAGAGUGCGCGCGGGAUAGAAGAGGUAAAGAAGAUCUGCCACUUGCGUCUCCAGGCCCUCAAGCUCCAUAAACUCUAAAACACAUAGCUGUAGGCUUUGAGCUCGAGCUAUACAACCCUCCCUGUCCUUUUAAAGACAAUUGUAAUCAUGUUGUAAUCAACGUAUUGGAAAUUGUGUUUUAAUAUGUUGAGCAACACGAGGCAAAAUGUGUAAAUGCCUGAGCCAUGGGUAAAUUAGGCAACGAGGAACCUGUUGAGUGGCUAUUGGUUUGGCUUAAUGUCACCUAUAAUGUGUAUUAAAAUAGCAUACAGCCUA